AUGGUAAGUUUGACAGAAAAGAACAAACAAAAUGUUUUGACUGAAACGACAAAAUUGUUAGAUUUGCGCUCAGAAUAUUUAUGUGACUUCGGUUUGUCUAAAUCCGAGGAUGUAUUGAGUGAUAAAUACAAACAAAGUAGUGUUAAACACACCAAAGAUGUCGGAAAUGUUGAAUAUAUGGCACCCGAAGGACAGACCACUGAAUACAACCAUUUAAUAGAUAUGUUCAAAACGGAAAAGAGUUAUGGAAAGACUGAUUGGAGACUAAGACCCGAAUGUGAAGUUUAUGUUGAUGAGUGCAUGAACUUGGCUCAGCUCAAAGACAUGCAACAAACCAUCAUUUCCUAUAACAUCCUACCUGACAGUGGAGCUAAACUGCAAUUGCAACUCAAGAAAUGUUACAGUUGGCGACACUACUCUCGACCAUAUAUUCCUACUUGUGAUUGGCCCGUAUGGUGGACUAAAAUAUCUCUCAAAUUAUAA